AUAUAUAUAUAUAUAUAUAUAUAUAUAUAUAAGAAAACAACAAAAAAGAUAAUUUAUAGGUACUUAUCGAUAAAUUGGUGAACAAAUUUUCAAUUUUUUGGUUUUUUUCUUUCAAUUCCAAAAGAGAGCCAAAUUUCCACAGGCGUAAGAGCUAUCAUGUUAUCUAUCUUUAAGCUGCGUAGAAGACAAAGAUCCACUCUUUCCAUUUCUUCGAGGCUCUUUCUCCUCCUUUCAUUUGUGGCUGUUAUAGACAAAACCUACCUCCCCUUCACCUAAAAGACAGGAAGGGAACGUGUUUGCCUUUUAUUCUGUUUUUUCUAUGUUUUCUUGUUGAAGCAACCUCCCUCCCUCCUCGUUAGAAACAAGGUCAUUGCUUUGCAAUAAUCUGGCUAUCAAGAGGCAGGUGUCUCUUGUACUUGUUAGGGAUUUGGUUUUCCUAGUUGGAAAAGAUUGUUUUUCACUCUGGCCGCUGCAACGAAACUGAACUUUUCUCGCACCUCAAAGUGGGAGUGGGGUGACAAGGAAGGGGUGAUUCUGUUUUUUGUUUUAAGGAGAUCAAGAUCAUCCCUCAUCUGGAGAUUAGGACGUGUUUCGGAGAGUCUUUCACUUAAUAUGGUUAAUCUCAAUGUUUGCUGAGUCCCUGGAAGUUUGAUUGUAGCUUGUCAUUUUGAUGGUCGCAGAAUUAGGUGUUUUUCUUAGUAUUUUGACCCUUAAAUGAUUAGAGCAGCUAGGUGCUCAUAGCUUUUUAUGUAACACAAUAGUAGUUCUCCUGUGGAUGUAGCGCUAGUUUGUAUCACCACAAUAUGCUUAGAUUUUCAUGCUUCAAUGCUCACAUUGGAUGUCAGAAACCAAAGAAAACAGUUCAGCCAUAUGUUGAAGCAAUGCAUAAGACUUUAGAAGAUUUUUCUCAAGGUCAAGCCCCUAAGGAUUCAAAUAAUGCUACAGUCAUUGACUCAUUUUUUCCGGACGGAGAAAGAAUUGCAGAGAUUAAUGACAGUGUCAAAACUGUUACGGAUUAUUCUUCUGGUUACCUUAGCUGGAAAUCAGAGGAAAUGAAAGACAAAUUUGAUCUUGAUCCUGAUUCCAGGGUCCAUCCGAAUCGACACUAUCUUAAGAAGAGUUGGUCACUUGGAAGUGGACUGUUUCUGGAAAGCAGGGUUCCUGGACAAAAUGAUACGGAUGAUGAGAUUGAUCAAGGAUUUAUUUCCGCUUACCAUGACAAUGGGUUGGUUGAAGCAGAUAGCUGCAAACAGAAAGUAGCGAGCCAAAAUGCUCCAUACUCAGAAUCUGUUCAAGUAAGCUCUAACCAUGUCAAUAAUGAACCGAUUUUCUCUGUAGGAGAUGCUCAGCAUUCAGAAAAGGAUGGCCAUGAUAAUUCUGAUUUACCUUUAUUUGGUGAGGGUGCUAGUGGCUCUGGCGACCGUACGCCUAAUAAUGCGCCUGUGAUUGUGAAAUCAUGUUCUAUGCCAAACAUUGUUGCAUCGAUACUCACUUCUGGAGAACAUUCUCCUUUUAAAUAUUUGACUCAUCAUCCUAGAUCUUCUGAGGAUGUACAUGUUCUUAACAUGAGACGAAAGGAGAUUUCCAUCCAUGAGGUUGAUACAGAGGUGAUGCGAGAACAAGAAAGAGAUGAUGGUAUACAUAAAAAUCAGAAAAUUAACUUUGAAAGUUUGUUCAAUGAGGGAUUUGAUUCUUAUAGUUAUUCUGCAUCAGCAAAUGACUGGAUAGUGCCAGAUUCCGAUGAGGUUAACUCAGUGAAAUUCCUGCAACAAGAAUCACCAGUCCCGAAUUGGGAAUUGACUGGCAAGGAUUUUAAGAUUAAGCAUAUUGAGGAAUGGGUUAAUGAUCUUCAACACUGCCGCCCGAUGGAAGAAACAUUUGAAUUAUCCCAUCCCAGUGAUAGUGUGAAGGCAGAACCCGCGGUCUCAAAUGGUUUGACUGCUGCAAAGGCGGAUGUUAAGGUAACUCCUUGUAUGGAAGCUGCAAAAAGAUAUAUAUCUUCUUUGAGUGCCUCAGCAACCACAGCUCAGCUGGCAAAUCAUGAUUUGCGUAUUAUACCAUUUCUCAGUGCGUUUGUCAGCUUGAAGGUGCUUAAUCUAUCAGGAAAUGCUAUAGCAAGAAUUACUGCUGGUGCUCUUCCUCGGGGACUUCACUUUCUGAAUCUGUCAAAGAAUAAUAUAUCCACCAUUGAGGGUUUACGUGAACUCACUCGACUUCGUGUUCUGGACCUGAGCUACAACCGGAUAUUUAGAAUUGGUCAUGGCUUGGCUUCUUUUUCCUCUCUUAAAGAGUUAUACUUGGCUGGAAACAAGAUAAGUGAGGUAGAGGGUCUUCAUCGCCUCUUAAAAUUGACUGUGUUGGAUCUGCGUUUCAACAAAAUCUCUACUGCCAAAUGUCUUGGCCAACUUGCAGCAAACUAUAAUUCCUUGCAGGCCGUCAGCUUGGAAGGUAACCCAGCACAGAAGAAUGUUGGAGAUGAACAUCUGAAGAAACAUUUGCUAGGCCUUCUUCCCCAUUUGGUUUACUUUAAUCGGCAGGCUAUUAAAUUCAGCACAUUGACGGAUGUUGCAGAACGUUCAGUUCGGCUAGGCAUUGGUGCCCAUCAAUUCGACCGUAGCCUUAGAUCAGAACACAAAGCUACAAGGAAGAGUAACCAUGGUACUGCUACACACCGGCCAUCCUCUUCAUCAACUCAUGGUCAUAGUAGUCAAGUCACGGUUUCCCCAAGACAUUCUAGAUGCAGACAUGGGCGCCUGCCUCCUUGUGGGAUCAAAGCAACAACCAAUCAUCGUAAUCAUUAUUUAGAUCUUGGAAGCAAACUUCUGAACUUCAAAUCAGAGCUUUCCAUGCUAAGGACCCGAAGUGAGGGAACUCUGGGGCGUCAGUGAUAUCAGUGACUUGAUUAAUGCAGUCUUGUUGCUAUGCUAUUCACGUUCGAGUUAAGCUGGUUGUCGGUACUGCAAUUAAUUGUCAGUCAAGAUAUCUGGUGUGACCAACCAUUUUUACAGUUGAUUAGCAAAAUGGGAAGUAGUCGCAUUUGUCCCGUUUUAAAGUUCCUUAUUUUUGUGUAGGAAAAUGUUUGAAAAACGGGUUAUAUUGCAUCCAUCGAUUAUAUGGUAAUCAAUGUCAUAACUCAUUUCUAGUUC